AUGUGUGGAAUUUUUGCAUAUAUUAAUCACCUAACGCCUAAAACUAGGCGAGAAAUAUUAGAAUUGUUAGUUACUGGAUUGAAACGAUUGGAAUACCGUGGGUAUGAUUCAGCAGGCGUAGCUGUAGACGCCGCUGAUCAGAAAGACAUAGCUGUCCUCAAACGAAGUGGCAAAGUAGCCGCUCUGGAAGAAUUGUUGCAGGAGCACAGCAUUGAUCUAUCAGUAGAAGACUGUGUGGAAUCGCACUGCGGCAUCGCACACACGAGAUGGGCUACUCACGGUGAACCCAGCGCUGUCAACUCUCAUCCUCAGAGAUCUGGCGAAGACAACGCUUUCGUUGUUAUUCAUAAUGGAAUCAUCACUAACUAUAAGGAAGUUAAAACUUUUCUUGAGAACAAGGGCUACAUCUUUGAAUCCCAAACUGAUACGGAGGCCAUUGCCAAGCUGAUUCAUCACCUGUACAACCAGCACAAAGAUUACAGUUUCCAGGAGUUAGCAGAACAGGUAAUUCAGCAAUUAGAAGGUGCUUUUGCUUUGUGCUUCAAAUCUCGGUAUUUUCCAAAUGAGUGUGUGGCAACCCGCCGUGGUAGCCCUUUGCUUGUGGGAAUCAAAACUCGUCGUCGUCUCUCCAGUGACCAUGUACCAAUUAUGUACACAAACAACAAGGCAACCCGUGGUGUGGUGCCCUCUGUUCCCAGAGUGAACAGCCACGCUCACUUCCAACCUGAGGAAGAAAGAGAAGUUGAGUAUUUCUUUGCAUCUGAUGCCUCUGCUGUAAUUGAACACACCAACAGAGUGCUUUACUUUGAAGAUGAUGAUGUUGCUCAUAUCAAAGAUGGUGUCCUCAGCAUUCACCGUCUCUCUGGAAGCAGCACAGACCCACAUCAGAGGGAAAUUUUCACUCUGAAGCUUGAACUACAACAAAUUAUGAAAGGCAACUAUGACUACUUCAUGCAAAAGGAAAUCUUCGAACAGCCAGAGUCUAUUGUAAAUACCAUGAGAGGCCGUCUUAACUUUGCUGACAGCACAGUGACUUUAGGAGGCAUUAAAGAUUACAUUCCUGAAAUAAAGCGAUGCAGAAGAUUGAUGUUAAUAGGAUGUGGAACGAGCUACCACAGUGCUGUGGCUACUCGGCAGCUCCUGGAAGAGUUAACCGAGCUGCCUGUAAUGGUGGAGUUGGCUUCUGACUUCUUAGACAGGAAUACACCUGUGUUCCGUGAUGAUGUUUGCUUCUUCAUAUCUCAGUCUGGAGAAACUGCAGACACUCUCAUGGCUCUUAGAUACUGCAAACGUCAUGGUGCCCUCAUUGUUGGUAUAACUAACACUGUGGGAAGUUCCAUCUGUCGCGAAUCUCAUUGCGGAGUGCACAUCAACGCGGGCCCUGAAAUCGGUGUCGCGUCUACAAAAGCCUACACAUCACAGUUUGUAUCUUUAGUAAUGUUUGCUCUCGUAAUCAGCGAAGAUCGUAUUUCACUGCAAAAAAGACGUGCAGAUAUAAUUGAAGGUCUCCAUCAAUUGGACACCAAGAUUCGACAGGUGCUAGCUUUAGAUAAUGAAGUGAAAAAACUAGCUGAAGAUCUCUACCGUCAACGGUCUCUACUAAUCAUGGGUCGCGGAUACAACUUUGCCACUUGCCUGGAAGGUGCCUUGAAAGUAAAAGAAUUGACGUACAUGCACAGCGAGGGUAUUAUGGCCGGCGAACUUAAACACGGCCCGCUGGCAUUAAUUGACGACUCGAUGCCAGUUGUCAUGAUCGUAAUGCGCGACCCGGUAUACACAAAAUGCAUGAAUGCACUUCAACAAGUGACUGCCCGCCAAGGCCGUCCAAUCCUUAUUUGUGAAGAAGGUGAUAAAGACACAAUGGCUUUCGCGUCGAGGUGUCUUCAAAUUCCUAAAACAGUUGACUGCCUCCAAGGAGUCCUGUCAGUCAUCCCUAUGCAGCUUCUCGCGUACCAUAUCGCUGUUUUACGUGACUGCAACGUCGACUGUCCUCGCAAUCUCGCUAAAUCGGUUACAGUGGAGUAG